ACUACGUACCCACGUUGCAGGGGAAGCUUCCCAUGUGAUGUCAGUCGAUUGACCCAACCCACUUACACCCCCACAGACCCGAUCAUACCUAGGUUACCUAUCUACCAAUUCAUCCCCAGAACAUCCUCGACAUCAUCGGACGAAUACGAGAACCAUGGCGAUCAAGACCUUGUCGGCCAAAGCGGCUGCAGCUCUGGACAAAGAACUCAUGGGUCCCGGAGCUUUCUCCAUCGACCAACUCAUGGAGCUUGCCGGAUUGUCCGUCUCUCAAGUUGUUUAUCGGGUUCACCCCCUGACCAAGGGGAGUCGUGUGCUUGUAGCUUGCGGCCCCGGGAACAAUGGCGGUGAUGGGCUUGUUGCGGCUCGUCACCUUCGCCAUUACGGGUACCGACCGGCGAUUUACUAUCCCAAACGGAGCCAGAAUCAACUCUAUCAGCGACUGACAAAGCAGCUAGAAGACUUGGAAGUGCCGUUCGUGGAUGACUUUCCGGCAGCUGUUAAAUCGGCGGAUCAUAUCGUGGAUGCAAUAUUCGGUUUCAGCUUCUCAGGAGAGGUUCGCGAGCCUUUUCCCGCCGUGAUCCGGGCCUUAGAAGAGACCGAGCUGCCUGUGACAUCCGUCGACGCCCCCUCGUCUUGGAAUAUCGAGACCGGGCCACCCAAAUCUGGCGUGGGGAGCAAGUUUAACCCUGAGUUUCUCAUCAGUCUGACAGCUCCCAAGCCGUUGGUCCAAUACUUCAAAGGCCGUCAUUUUGUGGGUGGGCGCUUCGUUUCCCCGGCGAUCGCCAAGAAGUAUGAUUUCGAUGUCCCGGAAUAUCAGGGGAUCGACCAAAUUGUAGAAGUCGGUGUCGGCGGUGAAAGGCUCUGAUCGAUAGGAUUCGGUCCACGGAAUGGCUUCGGGGUCGAGAGCCCGGGGAUGGUACUACUUGUCGAAAUGAUGCUCCCUGAAUCAACUGACACUGCACCCGCCGGUGCGGCUGUAUGGACAAACAGGACUGGGACAUCGCCCUUCUUGCAUGUCCUCGCUCUCCUCGAUAACCCCCCUGGGGCACCACAGCAACGGGGGAUGAUAGCUGCUGCAGAACUCAACAUAGACGAGAUAUUGUUUCCCGCAGACAGGGCACUCGGAAGUAUGCUCAGUGCACAUUAAAGAUGCAGGCCUGGCUCUUUGCGUCGAAUAGCAAAGAACACCGAAAUAUAGGAUGGUCCCUGGAAGGACGGAUGUAUCGGCGACGACUAUCGAGGAUUGGCAUACCAUCCGUAUAAAUCGUGGCUCGUGUAGUUACUGGUGUGGCUUCACGGUUUAUAAAGUAGUAGUAGACCGGGAUCCUCUCUCGGGGGGGCAGCGCUACACGGCUGUUGGAAUUGCCACCGCGGGACUAAAAACGGCCUUACGAUCAACUAACGGGCUGCUGAUGAAACCCCUCGUGGCGAGUGUAGGACACGGGGACAUAACGUAACUGACCACCCCCUAAGGAUGAAUACGGGAAAGAGGAGCAGUUCCUUUUCUUUCCGCUACCGUAGUCCACCCACCGUCCCGCUGCCUUGCUGGCGUUUCUUUUUGUUUUAUUCAUUCCUUCACAAUUUCCCGUUUAUUGUUUUUUUU